GUUUGUGGGCUCUAAAAGGCUCGUCUGCCAUCAGGGCAAGGACCUCGCCGUAGCUCAGAAGCAGAGAUAUGCCGAGGAAAGGGCAAAAAAGACGGUGAUUUCACUGCGCGUUCAACACACACACAGAGGCUGGCUGGUGAUGCGAGGAGCCGAGGGAUUGGUUGUUUCGCUGCUAGGCAACCGAUGACGCUGCAGCCUUGGAGAAAAAAGCGCGCAGAGUAGACGAGUUGGGAGUAGUGCUGUGGGAUACUGAAAUUUGUGUAUCAAUGCAAUACUAAGUAAAUACAGGACCAAUAGUGACAACACUUUAAACCUAGAAAAGGCAGCUUAUGUAGUGGAGAGCAUUGCGUCAUGAUUUAUCAGACGAAUCAUCAUUAAUGUCCAAUUUCUGAACACGAUUUAAUGGCCUAUAAGUCAGUGUGGUUUUUACUUUUCCACAACAAAACACACCUUUUAGUUUUUCAUUUAUUUUGAAAUUGGGGCUUUCUGGAGACCUUGGAUGUGCCUGUCUCUAAAGCACUUUGGAUCAACUACUGUCAUUUUAAGGCUUGGAUGGCAUGGAUAUUAUCAAUAUUAGGAUCAAUCUGCUCACUUCUAAUGGACAGCAGUGAACCACAGCUACUAAGAAAGGCGCACGACUCCACCUGUUUCUCAGUGUUUGAUUUGAAUGAUUGACCACACUUUAGUUAGGAACAAAUCAAACUCGCAGUCUAGUAAAAAGGUGGGAUGCCCAGCAGCCAUAUCAAUCAGCAAGAUCGCAACAUUCCCUAAAUUCAAGUUGGAAGAAGACAGGGAGAGGAGUAAGAAGGCAGUCUCCAAGAUGCUGAAAGAGGCUUUGGAGAGAGAUCCAGUUGUGUGGGGAACAUGCUAUGUUGUUACACAGCCAAGUGCGCAUGCUGGGCACGCAAUGGGAGAAAUGGAGCCCGUGGACGCAAGAGUGGAGCAGCAGGUGGUGGAGCUCAGAAAGCAGGGCGUGAGGAAGGUCAGCGAGCUGAAGCGUCAUCUUGCUCAGUUUGUAACAGCCGAGCUUUUUAAGGGAGCUAGCCCACCCCCUGCGUCCAGGCGCCGGUACUACCCCUCAGAGAAGGACCUCCGAAAUAUAAUGGCUAAGGUGAAGGACCAGGCUCGGCACAGAAUCGAUCAGGUGAACCUGGAGGGCUUGUUUGAAGAAUGGUGUGCUGCUACACCUGAGGACAAGUUCCAUCUGCGCCUCCGUACAGAGGACGCCUCCUUCCUCUUCUGCCAUCAAACGUUGUGGCAGAUGAGGCUGCUGCGCCUGUAUGGGGCAGAUGUCUGCGUGUUCGAUGCCGCCUACAGAACAAUCCGCUACCCUCUGCCCCUGUGCUUCUUGUGCGUCCGCACUAACAUGUGCUACUCCGUUGUGGGAGUGAUGGUACUCCAAGAAGAAACAACAGAAGCCAUCAAAGAGGGUCUGGAAGUGUUCAAGUGUUGGAACGCAGACUGGAGGCCAGCAAGCUUUAUGGUCGAUUGCAACGCUGCCGAAAUCCAAGCUGUUGAGUCUGUGUUUGAAGGCACCAAAGCGCUGCUCAGUGACUUUCACAGGGAGAAGGCAUGGGACGAAUGGAUACAGAAGGAGCAUCGAGUGGCUGACAAAGGAGAUGCUCUUACAAAGCUGAAAGCGAUAGCCAGCUCACUCACUACAGAGCAGUACGAGGAGGCAGUGAAGGCCCUGAUGGCCAGCCACACCUGGGAACAAAAUCCUGCGUUUCAGAGCUGGUUUUCAGACACGUGGUUGUCCAAAGCAAAGAGAUGGGUGUCUGCCUUCAAAGAAGAGACACUGAAUAUAGCUAUCAUCACAAACCAUGAGACUGAACACCAGAAUAAAUUGUUCAAGCACAAAUACCUGGAGGACUACAGGGACCGGACUUUAUCUGAAAUGCUGGACAUCGUGACACAUGUGUACAUCCCUGAACUGCGGAGGACGUACAUUGAAGCUAAUGUGAGGUCAUACGGACAGUGUGACUCCAGUGUCCCUCCUUUCCUGUGGGACAGACCCGCAGACGUCAUUCAACACAUCACGAGCUGCAUGGACAGCUCUCUCUCUGAGGGACAUGUGGUCAAGCUGGGCGACGGUGUGUUCAGAGUGAAGAGCGAGACACAGGAGGACCAGUCUUAUGAACUGGCAUUUGGGUCAGACGACAGCUUGCCCUCCUGUCAGUGUGAUGACUGGAGGCGGUACAAGUUGCCAUGCAAACAUUUCUGUGCAGUCUUCCAGAAGGUCCCUGGCUGGACGUGGCAGCAGUUAUCCCUGAAAUACAGGGAACACCCGCUUCUUAACCUGGAUGCCACGUGUUGCUCCAUGACCCCAGACUCAGUGGACGAGUGGGGCACGGAGGUAGUCAGUGAGCCAGUAACCUGCAAGGACACACAAGUGACCUCUGACUGUGACAGUCCACCACGCAAGCGAGUGAGCAAGUCAUAUCUGAGGAAGAAAUGUGUCAACCUCACCAAACAACUCAUGGACAGAAUAUGUACCACUGAAAGCCAAGACACACUUCAGGAACUUUCUGAGACGUUAGGCAGGCUGGUGAAGGGGCUCACACCUGCGUUUGGCAGUGAGGAUGGUAUGCUUCAUCUGGAAGCAAAGCGGGUCCGAGUUUCCAGCUGCACAGACUGAGGGUGGAACCCACAAAGUGGCUGGCCUCGAAAUCAUCAGAACCCUCCCGGAGCCGCGCGAUUUUUUUCGAACGCUAACUACGUCAUCAGAUUCCCGGAAAGGAAACAACCAAUUACAACAAAGCAGCUACAGUCAAGAGGGCGAAGGCAUGAUAUGGAAAAAGCACUUAAGCUUCACAAUAAAACCAAAGUAGUUUUAAUCAAAAA